CAGCGUAUGAUGCCCGAUAUCAACCGCAACGAACCGGCGAUGGCGACGGCUCCGGCUCUCGCCUCUCUCUCUCUCUCUCUGAACCCUUGACUCCCCACCGUCAAUCUCUCUGAGGGCCCGAGCCGCGCCCUCCUCUCUCUCUCUCUCUCUCUCUCUCUCUCUCUCUCUCAUAGCUCAUCCAGCGCUUCCCUCAAUGCGAUCCCAAAUCUCCUCAGCGAGGGUAGUUUGAAACCCUUUUCCGCUCAACUGGAUUCGAUCUGCUCCUCUUUUCCCGAGGAAUCUUUGAAAUUUUUCGGGAAAUUUUACUCGCUGUUCCACUGGGAAGUGUAACCUCUAGUGUAUGGACAUGCAAUGCCAGCAUAAGGCCCAAUGGCUGAUGAUAUUUGGCCUCUUCUUCCUCUUGAUCUUAACCAGCAAUUGGGCAUGUCAUGCCGCUGCUUUGUCUUCUGACCAGGUGAGCAAUGUGGAAAGCGGUGAUGGGAGAAUCUUUGGCUGUUUGCCAUGCUCACAAGCUUACCUUGCCAGCUCUUAUUUUGAUCACCGCAAUAGCCUGCUUGAAUUGGAUUUUCAUGAUUUUUUAGCUCAAGAAUUUGGUACUGGUGACUUGUGUAGAGGGCUGGCUAAUGAUAUGAAUGUGCUUGGACUUGCAGACCUGCACCGGCAUCUGAGCGGUGAAGGUUCUCAUCGACAUGUGGUUUCCACCUUGACAUUUGUUAACCAAUCGGAUGGUAAGAAGUGGCUUGAUUCUCACUCUUGUGAAGCAGUGAUUAUUGAAAAACUUCCAAUUGGAGUCUUUGCAGAUCCAUUUGAGCUGCAACAUCUUGUCCACCGCAGAGCCUUUCUUGAUGCUGCCGUUUUUGGAGACUCGAAUCUGGAAUUACCCUCAGCUCUGUCCAACAGAUCAAUUGUUGAAAUUCACAUGGAUAUUAGGAAUGACUUGCUGGAGAACUAUGAAACUGUUAUUCAGUUACCGCUGCAUGCUAGAUAUCCGAUUGCACAUAUGAAGUCAAGCACUUUUCCGGCGAAUGAGGUGGUUGACAGUAUUGUAGCGAAAUGGGUAUUACCAUCCUCUUGACUCCAGUGGUUAUGCAAGGAUCGAAAUAGGCCGACCAGACUUGUUCAUACGCUGUAGACCAAAACAAUUACAACCAGAGUCUUGUUCAUGGACACUUAAAAUCCUGGGUGCUGGAUAUGCGAAAAAUGUCAUGUGGCAAGUACCUUGUGGAAAUGAAGCACAUACAGGAAUUGUAUCCAGCAUUACUUUUGCCACAGCACUAAUGUGCGUUUUGUUAAUUGUUUUAUCGGCUAUUUAUUUUUCUGGGAGCAAUAGUAUCAAAUGCUCCUUAUGAUCAUUAGCAGCAUUGCUUUUUUAUGUUAUUGCACGCCCUUUUCUCUUUCCAGUUUCUUUAAAUUUGGAAUUAAAGGUUUCUUCAUGAUCAUUAGCAGAGGGAAUAUUUUCUUUUUAAAAUUAUUUUCUACCACUCAUCUUUGCAAACAAGUCUAUGAGGAAACUAGUUUAGUUAGUUAGAAGACCAUCUCCACUGUGUUGGGUCUUCUCCUCUGACAUCUUUGCAGCUGACAACCGUUUCUAUUAUCCUCAUAUUUCAAAACCCACCUGUUCUUGCUAAUCCCUUCCUAAUCCUGCUAUGUGAAAUAUAUAGGAACCAAUCAGAUGAUGACCUGAGCCACUCCUUUGUACAAUGGGUACGACAAGAUAUCCAAUAUUUUGCGACUUGGAUUCAGUUUCUUACUGUUCUUUUGUCAUCUUCACCUGUAUAACCCAUUUCCUCUUCACCUUUCCUUGGCCUACUAUCUCCUGGCUUUAUUAUAAUACAGCUGCUGGCAAUGGUUUUAUCCAGAAAUUUUGUGAAAAUGCAUGUCCCAAUAGGUUUCCAAUAUGGAAGUAAUUUGUCAUUUUAGUAGAAAAAGAUUGAUGAACAAUCGAGUUCGUUCCAUUGUUUGAUCACCUAAUGUCUUUGAUGGGAUUUCAUGUGUUGGUUUGUUAACAUAUAAGAGAACA